CCCGAGCGCCGAUGGCGGCGCCCUCCGUCCCCACGCCGCGAUACGAGCAUAUGGGGGCGCGCGGCCCCUACCGGGACGUGUACGAACCGGCCGAGGACACCUUCCUGCUGCUGGACGCUCUGGAGCGGGAUGCAGCCCAGCUCCGGGAGGCGGGGAUCGACGUCUGCCUUGAAAUAGGGUCUGGGUCUGGCGUGGUUUCAACAUUCCUAGCUUCCAUCAUUGGAGCCAGUGCGCUCUAUCUAUGUACAGAUAUCAACCCUAUGGCAGCUUACUGUACACUGGAGACAGCUCAGCUGAACAAUGUUCACCUUCAGCCAGUCAUUACUGACUUGGUCAAAGGACUGUCACCAAGAUUAAAUGGGAUGGUUGAUCUACUGCUCUUUAAUCCACCAUAUGUGGUAACACCCUCUGAAGAGGUGCAAAGCCACGGAAUAGAAGCAUCCUGGGCUGGUGGCAAAAAGGGCAGAGAAGUAAUGGACAGAGUUUUUCCAUUAGUAGCAGACUUGCUUUCAACAGGAGGAUUAUUCUACUUGGUCACAAUUAAAGAAAAUAACCCAGAUGAAAUUCUGGAAACAAUGAAGAAACAUGGCUUAGAAGGCACACGACUGCUUUCCAGACAAGCAGGACAAGAGAUGCUUACCAUCCUCAAAUUUAGGAAGCCUGGAUAACUGCUUUUGUUAUAUAUACUAGGCAUGCCAAAGGUUGGAUACAGAGUACUGAAGUUGUCAAAUCAUUUUCUAAGUCAUAUUUGGACAAAGUGCAUCCUUACUUCCUCAUCAUUGCAAUGAAACUGAUCAAGACUGUCCUUAUUUUUAUUCUGGAUGUCAACCAGUUUUUAUCUGGUUGUCAGGUACAGCUGUUCUCUGACUAGCUGCAGGAGAGUUGUAAGUGAACUGGAAGAUACCAUAACGCAUCAUCUUCUGCACUUUGCUACUUUUACAAGUAGGAGUUUGUGUAUUUAUUUUUUUGGCUUAUUGAAAGAACGGAUGUAUUUGAUGUAACUUGUACUGUUUUAACAGUUAGUCUCUUCCUCUGUUUGGUUUAAAUGAAAAUUUGAAAUCAUGUUACUCAUUUUGAUGUAAUACAAGGCACGGCUUUCAUAGAAACUGAUCUUUAAGGUGCUGUGUUAACAGAAACUUUAAAUGAUUGGUUAGCUCUUUUCAUGGGGACUAAAAUCACAAUUUUUUGUUCAUUUGUUUUGUCAGUUACUGAGGCUUUACAAUAAUUAUUCUAUCUGACUAUGAGUGUAUAACUCGCUACAAAUCUAGGUGGGAAAAACUUGAAGGUUUUUCAUCUUUUCACACCAUGAAAGAAAUAAAAGUGUAGGGCCUGGUAGCAGAAACACACCACUACAAACCUAGCUGGACCAACCAUCUGGGGAUGAAACAUUUUAUUGCAAUGUAAUGUGAGAGACUACUUUUUGACUGAUACAGGUCAGAAGUUGAUGUUUCUCAGGCAGAAAGCUUAUUCCUUGUACUUUGCUGAAGAGUAUACAGUAUUAGAGAGCAGGCAGCACACAGUGGUGAUUGUUCUGCAUUCCAAGAUCACUAUUCCCCAACUCAGAAGACUAUGGAAAAACAAGCACUGCAAUUCAAUUCAAGCACAGCUAAUGCAUUACUUUCAGAUAACGUAGGUUUUCUUUUUUGUCAAUAUGUUUUUAUAUGUAUUAAUAUGAACGUGAGCACAAAAACUCAGAAGGAUAAUUUAGACAGAAGACUCAAUUAUGCAAAGGAUAUUAUCUGAUGUUUAAGUACAAGAAUCCCUAAAUAACAAAGUGAGUCUCACUGACCAAAGUGAGGCUACAGUUAUCUUUGAUUCUUAACUUCAGAAUACCUUGUCUAAGAAAUGCCAAAGGUGAGGAAUGGAGAUGAAACUUUGUGACCACCUGUGAAAUAACAAUUCCAUAGACUCUUUCUAGCGAUGAAUUUAAGCAAUUCAUGUUCUUGCAAUUUACCUCCUUUAGUGUAAGGAGGGGAGGUUCUCUGCUCAUUGAUAUUGCUUUUAUGCAGAGUUAUGGUUUUGGUGUUACAGCUGUAGUGCUGUUCAUCCUUAAGAUUGCUCUGUAGGCUUUCUGUUGUUAAUCAUUUUGACCAAAGGUUGCUGUGCAAAGAUCAUGACAUCAAAAAACAAUUUUAUGAUGGAGUUAAAAUAUAUAAUGGAAUCAAACUGCAAGUUUAACAAAGGGAAUUUUUAAAUUCAUCUGACUCUGAGCUGUAAUUAAAGAAUUAGCUUAAAAACAGGUACUCAAAGGAGAAAAAAAAUGCAGUUAGCCCUCGAGCACGUGGCUUUAAUACAAGUUAAAAAUGACAAUAAUGAAUCAGAGUACAACAUGUAAUAAAACAUAACAUGCUUUCAACAAAAACAGAUGACAAUGGACUAUCUGGCAGCUGCAUUUCUAAACAAGGAGAUAGAUGUGUCCACUUUAAUAAAUAAUGAAUCAGUUCUCCUGGCCAGGGUGUACUGAUGUCAGCUGCAAUUUUUGUGGAAGAAUUUUUCAAAAUGCAGUCCAAGGAAGAACAUGGGUAAGUUUUUUUUUAAGACCUUUUUUUUUUUAAUGCUACUAUCAUCAUCCUGCUGUAGACUGGAAACUAGUGACAGGCAAAAACUAUUUUUUCCUCUGAACUUUGAAGUUUGCUGCAUCUACAGAGAUGACUGCAGAGACACUUAGCAUUUGCCAGGGUACACUAUUGCCUUCUAGGAGACUAGAGAAUUCAAUACCAUUUCUGAAAAGUUUGGAAGGAGCACCCCUGCAUUCGCUGCAUGAGAAUAAGCUGCAUGGCAGAUGCAGAUUAUGUAUACAGUGCCAGACUUACUAAGAGGAAUGCAAGAAUUCUGUUCCUCAGUACUCCUAAGCAUUGUUCUGUAAGAAACAGAAAGCAGUUAUUCAGAUACAGACAGUGGCAUAUCAGACUCGCCAGCACUUGCACUUGGUUCUGUUAGACAAACUAAACAAUUAAACCAAUUAGACUCAUAGACAAUUUGCAAGUUCGAGCCUGACCGAGUAAAUUAACGUGGCUCUUUUCAAGCAAUACCUGGUUAACAUCAGUUGGCCUUCAAAACAGUUAUCAAACCUGCAAUUAAGUCAGAUAAAAUAGUCUUAUCUGAAACAGUGAUACAAUAGACACAAUAACCAGAGUUUCAGUAAUUAGGAAAAUAACACAGCUUACUCCUUUAGCCUGUGUUUCCAGUUAGGAUUUUUCAGUACCAAUUGUGAACGAUUCCCCUUCUCUCUCAAAAAAAAUUAAAAUUCUCUUCUGAAAGCACAGUGGUAUCUGCUAAAGACUUAACGGCUAAAAAUUACUUCUAAAGGGACCAGCAUUGAGUGAACAGAGCGCCUAAAGCAACCAGCUGUUGAGAUACAGUCAAUUAAGUAUGCCAGAAACUAUCUGAAAAAUUAUACUAUUAAUUUCUGGAAGUUUAACACAAGGAGGAAGAGAAAGCAAUCCAGAAACUACACAGACUAACAACAUUCAUUCAUUCCUCUUCUUUUAUUGAGUUUUCCAAGAAAUCUGCCAUGGAACAACACCAUCCAAGUUGGAGUAUAUUAGUAUGCUACUGCUAUUAACAAAACAACAAUAUGAAAAAAGACUACUGGAAUGAAGACGAUGUUAAAUUCUGAUACAUCUAUCAUGUUCAUUCAGAGCCCUUAUUGUUGUGGGACUUUUUGACUGGAAUUACAUGAUAAAUUCAGUCAUAGUUUAUGCCUCAGCUAAUGAAGACAUUAACUGAAAUAAUGACCACAGAAGAACUGAUUGGUGUGCAUGUCUUCUUAAAAGCCAAUCUGCCAUCAAUGGGCAGUGUUUCUCAUUGUCAUGCAGGAAUGACAGUGCCCUCUGUACUACCUUAAACUUCAGGGUUUUCAAGGUUUUUGAGUGCUGGUUGGCUGAGGUUUUUUCAGAAAAUAAGACAAAGGUGAAAACUCAAUUUAUAAAUGUUAAUUUAGAGCAUGCUACGUUUAAAUUUCAUACUUCAACAGAAAAUUAUCGCCCUAAGUCCAUGCCUCAAUGUUUAACUGCAUUAUUUUUUUUUUUAAUUAUUAUUUUUAAUUUUUGUUUUACCUUCCCCAUAAGAGGAACUAUUGUGAACCCACAUAUAUUAUAAUCAAAAAAUCAAGUCUUUAUGCCACCAAUGUUAAAUUCACCUGUUACAUUAAUAGGCAUGAUCUGGCCUUAAGUGCAUGCCACCAUGACACUGAAAAUAAGAGGUUUUAAUCAACUAUGCUGUGGCUUAAACACCAAUUUUCAGACAUAACUCUACAUCACUUAGGAAUUUUUAACAUAUCUUA